AUGAAAAAAUAUUUAAUAACGGUUUGCUCUCUUCUCAUUUUCUCUGGAAAGUGUUUGAAGGCGACAGAUAUUAUGGCUGACACAAGCUCCUACAGUUUGGAAGAGAGGCUGCUUGCAAGUGUAUGGACACAUGACCGUGUGCAUUCUGGCAGGACCAUGGAGGAUGUGCGACAUGACUUCACUGCAAGAUUUGGCAAACCAGCUCCUCCAAAGAGGACGAUAUUGCGAUGGGAACAUAAACUGUUUCUCACAGGAUCAAUUAAAGACAAACCAAGGACAGGACGACCCUCAACACGAAGGGACACGUGUGCAGAGGUGAAGGCAUCUGUGCUACAAUCACCCAAAAAGUCACUACGAAAACGGUCUUCUGAGCUAGGAAUUCCCAAAACCACAAUGUUGACACACAUGACACAGGAUCUUGAUUUGAAAUUGUUUAAACCAUCACUCGUCAACGAACUAAGUGAUAACGACAUGGACAAAAGACAUGUGGCGCGUGUCACUUUCAACAUUAGUGAAAGUGAAUAA